AUGAGGCUUACGUCGAAGCGACAAUGGGAAAUAAUGAGAAGGGAAAGAUUGAGAAGUAGAAUCGGCAUCGAAUUGCACGUUCCAAUGAUAGCUGAUACAUAUCUCCAGAAUAAGCUUGAGGAUGAAGGCUUGAAAAGGCUUUUAUCAGCGCUUUUAAUUUCUUUUCUCUUCUCGCUACGACAGUUAAAUGAGAAAAAAGAACUUAAAACUUUCGGAAGCAAUGUUAAAUAUAUGGUGGAUUAUGAUAUCGCAAUAUCUCAAUGCCACUGA